AGCAGGGGGAAGUGCUGGGCUGGGGGAGGAUGCCUAGAGUCCGCGCCGCUGAGUCAGCUCCUCCAACAUGACCCGCCCCCAGUCAUAUGACGAGGGGCCGCGGCUUGGGGAGAAGCGGGGCGGGGGGGGGCGCAGCAGGGUGCGGCGCGCGCCUGGACAGGAGACAAUGAAACUCAUCAUUCUUGAGAACUAUUCACAAGCCAGUGAGUGGGCUGCAAAAUACAUUAGGAAUCGAAUUAUCCAGUUUAACCCUGGCCUGGACAAAUACUUCACUCUUGGACUUCCCACAGGAAGUACUCCUUUAGGAUGUUACAAAAAGCUGAUUGAGUAUUACAAGAAUGGAGACUUGUCCUUCAAAUAUGUGAAAACCUUUAAUAUGGAUGAAUAUGUAGGUCUCCCAAGGGAUCACCUGGAAAGUUAUCACUCCUUCAUGUGGAACUUUUUCAAGCACAUUGACAUCUCUCGAAACACCCACAUUCUGGAUGGAAAUGCAGCUGAUCUACAGGCAGAGUGUGAUGCUUUUGGGGAAAUCAAAGCAGCUGGUGGAAUUGAACUCUUUGUUGGAGGUAUUGGCCCAGAUGGUCAUAUUGCCUUCAAUGAGCCUGGCUCAAGUCUGGUGUCCAGAACUAGAGUGAAGACGUUGGCUAUGGACACUAGGGCUAAUGCUAGAUUCUUUGAUGGCGACCUCUCCAAAGUCCCCACAAUGGCUCUGACAGUUGGAGGCACAGCCAUGGAUGCUAGAGAGGUUAGGAUUCUAAUCACAGGAGCCCAUAAAGCAUUGCUUGUACAAAGCUAUUGAGAAGGGGUGACAAUGUGGACAGUGUCUGCCUUUCAGCAGCAUCCCAGCACUGUCUUUGUGUGUGAUGGAGCCACCCUAGAACUCAAAGUUAAAACAGUGAAAUACUUUAAAGGUUUAAUGCUUGUUCAUAAUAAGCUUGUGGAACCCUUACACAGUAUGAAAGAAACAGAAGCAGAAAGAAGACAGGCUAAGAAGCCAUACAGUGACUAGUUUCUUGGGGGCUGGUAUGGUGCUAAGCAGGUUCUUCUCUUGGAAGCCAGCACUGGAGAGGAAGAAUCCCUACACAUUCUUCUUGUAUUUGUUCAUAAAUCAGCAGAGAUGUGCUCAUUUAUUAUCUCCAUCUUUUAAAAUAGAUGAAUGUUGAGCCCAUGGGGCUUAAUAAAUUAGAUGAGAUUGGACUUUAUGUACUGUGUUCUAGCAACCUCAAACACUACUCACUCUAGCAGUGAAGCCAAUUGAAAUGGUGUGUAAUCUAUAAAGCAAGUAAAUGAGAAGAAGAAAUGAAUAUCCCUCAACUCAAAAGUGAGGAUAUGAAAGGAAGUAAAAUCAAAUGGGUAAUUGUAGAAUUUUAUUAGAUUUGAAGGAUGCACAUUUAGGUCCCCCCCUACCCCAGUGCACUUAAUCUCAACUGCACUAGCAUCAUGACAUUGAAGUACUAGCACUAACUAGAGUUAACCAUUAAAUAAACUUCCUCAAAGCUCCCCUGAAUUAAUUUGUACUAUUUUAGUUUGGGGCUUUCUUGAGGAGAUGCUACUAGCUUUACUGUUCAUUGACAUGUAUAUACCCUUCCCCUAAAGCCCUGAUCCUGUGAUGUGCUACACACCCUCCACUUCAGCAAAAUCACAAACCCUGGCUCUGGUAUUCUCAGCUUAAUAAAAUUGCUACCAGCAAAUGGUUAAACAGCAAUUGUGCCUUCUCCAUCUGUGUAACUCUGGCUACUAUUUCACUUCAUGGUCAGAAUUCUCUAAAUCCAAACAUUAUGUGAAUGUCACUGUACGUCAAGACUAAGGUGCUGUCAUUAGACUAUAACAACCAAGUCUAAGUAUUUGUGUGGAUUUACCAUUUCCCUCACCUCUUCCCCCCGCCUCCCAUGCAGUUAAGUGUUCUGUUGGUUGUGGCAGGGUAGGGCUGAUUACCUUCAACAAAUCUUAUAGCCAGUUCACCUCUUGCCUUGACUCAUAAGUCACAGUAGUACAUGCAGAGACCUCUCAUAAUUCAGCUGUUCAUGAACUUAGCCCAUAUAUUUAACCACCAAAAUCCACUUUGUGAUGAAUGAAGCCCUCUGGUGCUAUAGACCAUGCUACUUCCAGAACUGUUGGUUUUACCCUUAAUACUAAAAUGGCUUACAUCAAACUACUGAAGUGUAAGUCACUGGUGCUGUUUUUUUAGGUGGGGGAUAUGUAUUUGUUUUCAUGAAGUCCUACAAACUCUUCAUAAUGUAACUUUCUACAUUAAAUGCAGUAUUUUUUAUCCAAA